CGCGUGGGAAAAUUCUGGGAAAGUUCAUUGUUUGAGUGAUUGUAAUAUACUGAAAAUGACUUUUAAAUUGUUCAAAAUGUGAAUUACUUUACCACUUUAAGGAACAAUUAUAUAGAACGGCUACGAUGUCUCAGAUAGACAAAAUUCAAGUCGAAGGAAUUCGCAGCUACUGUGAACCAGCCGUAGUUGAGUUUUUUACACCUCUCACGUUAAUUGUUGGAACAAACGGAGCUGGAAAAACGACGAUUAUUGAAGCUUUGAAUUACAUAACAACUGGCGAUAUGCCACCUAACAGCAAAGGUGCUGCAUUUGUUUGUGAUCCUAAAGUGGUCGGUGAACAAGAGGUUAAAGGACAAGUAAAGUUGAUGUUUAGGGAUAUAAGUGGACAUAGAAUGAUUGUUACAAGAUCCCUUGUAUCUACCCAGAAGCAAAAGAAAAUUGAAUGCAAAUCUAUUGAGAAUGUUAUCAAAAGAAAAGUGAAUGAUGAUUGGCGAAGUAUCAGCUCAAGAUGUACAGACAUUAACAGAGAGAUGAUAUCGCUGCUUGGUGUGUCGAAACCAGUGCUAGACUGUGUUAUAUUUUGCCAUCAAGAAGAUUCACUUUGGCCUCUAAGUGAAGGAAAAGCUCUCAAAACAAAAUUUGAUGAUAUAUUUUCUGCUACAAAAUAUAUCAAAGCAUUAGAGGCAAUACGUAAGUUUCGUAAAGAGCAAAGUAAUGAGCUGAAAGUAUUUAACACGCAACUGGAGUAUUUGAAGGAAAAUAAAUUUAAAGCAAACGAGAUUUCUCAAAACUUGGAAAGGACCAAAGAACUGCUUGAAAAAAAAGAACAAGAAAUUGAUGACAUUGUUAACUCAAUGAUGCCUGUUGAAUCUAGAUUAAUUGAACUCUCGAAAAUUCAGCAAUCUAUUAAUGAGCUCGAAAGGCGUUUAGAUUCUCAUUUGUCCACGAAGAAAUCAAUUGUGGAAGUUAAUAAAGAUAUAGGAGGAAAAAUCUCGAAGUUCUUUCAAGGAACUAGAGAAGAACUUGAGAAAUUGCAAGAAAUUUUGAAGGACAUUCAGCUGGAAGAGAAAAUUCAACAAAAAGAUGUAAAGUGUUCUGCUCUAAAUUCUAAGAAAAAUAAGAUUCUAGUAAAUCGUGGCAAGUUGCAAGAAGAAUUUGAUAGGCACAAGCAAAACAUAGAACAGCGAGAUUUCAUGAUUGUUGAGCAAUCUAAAUCUUUGCAACUUAAAGGUUUCGAGUCUUCGCCAUUCUCUGAUGAACAAAUUUCGAGUUUUAAGGAAAAAGCCAGAGAAUGCUAUCAGAAAAUAAAAACGGAGGGCAUAGAGUUAAAGGAAAAAUAUCAGCGACGUAUUCAGUCAGCUCAAAGCAAAAUUGAUGAUAAAAAGAAGUCACUUUACCAGUUUGAAGAAACAAUCAGAGUUAAAAAUGAUAUGCUUACUGAAAAUCAGAAGAAACUACAAAAAAUUCGUCAAGAUCUGAGCAACGUCAGUACUUCUGAAAUAAAAGUACAGAGAAUUGGUAAAGAUUUAAUCGCCGCUGAGAGAGAAUUGGAGGAUACCAAAGCUGCUGGUAACACUGGAGAAUGGAAGACUGAGGUUGAAAAGUCGCAAGGAGAAAAACGUCAGGUCGAAGCAGAGUUAAUGCGUUUACGCGAAGAGCAGCAAAUGAUGCAUCUCAACUCAUCGAUUCAAGCAGAAUUGGAUAUAAAAAGAAAGGAAAGAGAUUUGAAAGAAGAUGCCAUUAAAGAAGUGAAUUACAAACAUGAGGAAGAGUUGAAGUUACUUGGUUCCAUUGGUCCUACAGAUAACCUGAAAAACAGGCUAAACGAGUUCCUAAAGAAGAAAAGAUCGGAGAUAAGCGAUACAAAUGGAAAAAUUCAAACAUUGAAACAAAAACAAUCUUCUAAACUUGCCGAGAAGAGAAUUAUCCAAAAACAUGUUGAAAAUUUGACUAAAGAGAAAGAUGGAUAUGAAAGAAACCUCAAAGAGGCUUGUGGUAACGAAAAAUAUGAAAAUAAGAAAAAGAAUCUCUAUGACCGUAUAGAAGAAGCGAAAAGCAAAUGUAGUCAACUAACGGCAUUUGAAACAAUUUACAAAAAGUAUGUCACAACAAUGGAGGACAAGAAGAAAGACCCAUGCUGUCCUCUGUGUCAUCGACAAUUCAACACCUUACAGGAAAUGCAAAAUCUUGUUACCGAAUUAAAAGAAAAAAUCGGUCGAGUUCCUGACAAGAUGGCUACACAAAUGGCAGAACUGGAAAAUGAUGAAAAAGUCUACGAAAACUUGCAGAAAUUACAAUUUGAUAAAGAUAACCUCGAGGAUAUUGAAAAUAAAAAGUUACCUUUGGAGAAAGAGAAAUUAAUUGCAAUAUCUGAGGAUUGUGAUGAAAUUAAAAACAGCAUUGAGGAGUUGGAAGAUGUUCUUUUGGUUAUCGAUAAUGAAGAAUGUCGAGCAGCAAAAAUUGAACCUGAUCUCUUGAUGUUGGAAGAAAAUGAAAAAUCAUCGAAGUCUUUAGAUCGAGAGAUAAGACUAUUGGAAAAUAAGUUAGACGGAGUUGCCCCAGGUCGUAGCAUGCAACUGGUAACGAACGAAAUAUCAGAUUGUCAGGAUAAAGUAGAUAAUUUAAAUCGCAUCAUCGAGCGUAAACGAAGUCAAAUAUCUAAUCAAGAAAGUCGUCUGGCAAGGCUAACAAGCAAUGUCAACGAACUUACAUCUGAAAAGCUACGGUUGAGCGGUGAGCUGCAACGAAGAUCAAACUUAGAAAAACAGAAAGAUGAUCUUACUGUUGCUAACAUGGAACACGAUAGAGAUGUUCGGGAGGCAAAAAGAAUUUGGAACCAAUCAAGGAAGAGUUAUUUGAGCUUGAGAAAGAACGCGUAUCACUUGUUAAUGAACAAGACGACCAAAUUGAUCAAAAUGAACGAAGUAAAGAACAAUGCAGGAAAAUUCAAAGAAAAAAUGAAUGAAAUUCAGAGAUAUGUGGACGAAAAUCGAGAAAGUUUUUUGAUGCAAGUUGAAAAGGAUUUGACUUUAGUAGAAGACGAAAUAAAUGAUAUGAAUGAAGAAAGAGGAAAUCUUCUCUUACAAAUGGACAAAUUAAAAGAUGAUCUAUCUCAACAAAAGGUACGCGCUCGCGAACUUCAAGAUAACAUCCAAUUUGUUGCAAAUGAAGAAAAGAUUUCAACUCUUGAACGAGAAAUUAAUGGCAUCCGCUCAGAGCAAGAAAGUCUGGGAGAUAUCGAUCGACUGAGCAGGGAACAAAAUAAUUUAUCGCGAAGAUUAGAGGAAUAUAAAACGCGAAAAGCCACGUGCACCGGCGAGAGGACUGGACACGAACGUGAAAUGCAAAGAUACAAGCAGGAUUUGAGUGGAUCGUUGUACAAAGAUGCCGCUAGGAAAUAUCAUAAUAAACUUAUUGAAAUCAAAACGACUGAAUUGGCGAAUGAUGAUUUGGAGAAGUAUUACAAGGCGCUGGACAGAGCGAUCAUGAAAUUUCACAGCAUAAAAAUGUCGGAAAUCAACAAGAUCAUCAAAGAAUAUUGGAUCAACACUUAUAAAGGAAAUGACAUCGACACCAUUGAAAUACGUUCAGAUGAAGACUCAGAUGGUUCUUUAGCAACUAGACGGAAUUACAACUAUAAGGUUGUCAUGUUGAAGGGUGACGUUGCUUUGGACAUGCGUGGUCGUUGCAGCGCUGGACAAAAAGUUCUCGCGUCGUUGAUCAUAAGACUGGCACUGGCGGAAACAUUUUGUCUCAACUGCGGUGUGCUGACGUUAGACGAACCGACGACUAAUCUUGAUGAAGAAAACAUUGAGAGCCUUGCCAAUCAGCUGGCCAGUAUUGUUAGGACGAGGAAUCCUCAGAAGAAUUUUCAGUUGGUGGUCAUAACUCACGAUGAACAUUUUGUUGAGUUACUGAGUCAGGCGGAUUUUGUUGAAUAUUAUUAUCGUGUUGCUAAAGAUGAAAAUGGUCUCUCGAGGAUUUAUAAACAAAGCACAUCUGGAGUAAAUGAAAAUGUUUGAAAUGUUAUAAUCUUUCCUCGUUUGUGCGAAGAAUAUCAGUAAAAUGGUAUGAUCUCUCUGAUUGUUGAUGGUGACGUUCGUUUUUGUUUAAAAUUUUCUUCAUAUUAACAAUUUUAUUCAUUAUACACUUUAUGAACAACGUUAGUUUAUAUUAAGGCAUUGUUCAUGAUGUUCAUAUUCAAAGUUCAAGAAAUUUCUGAAUAAAAACAGUUUGACUCGUGCGGUU